AUGGCGAAGACCACUAAUCCCAAGCACUCACAACCCACCAGGAACCAUCCAGCACACGAGCAAACCCCACCCCAGUACGAGGCCGAGAAGCCCGACGCAAGCGCAGAGCUCAGCGAUGCCCGCCCUGCCGCACCCACGCCCGAAGGUCAGAGCUGCCGCACACAGGACCACCGCCCCAACACCACAGCACGCCAUACAGCGGAGGACGAAAUGCAGCACAGAACACCCAAAGCAAAAGCUGCACACAAAGCUGCACACGAAGCUCACACUGCGCAAAUGCGCCCCCACCAGACCCGCAAAAAAAGAAAGCCCCCCGUGAAAGUACACCCCUACGAAAAGAAGACCCACAGCAUCCAGAUCCUAGAACAUGCCCGACAACCAUACCCCUGCCAGAAGCAGCCCCGCAAGAAGACCCACCCCGAGGCCCACAAAAGACCAACCCCGGCCAGCUCGCACACUCGAACCAUGCAGACCCCUCCGAACCCCCUCCCCCAGGCAGAAAAGGGACUGGCAUCAGUAACCGGAACCAAGACAAGGAACCGGAAACCGAGCCGGAACCACCCAAGACCAAACGACGCCCACAACCAUCCAAGGCCAACCACCAAUCCCCACCCCAGAAGGAAACCUACACCCACCCCAACAUUCAAACAACUCCCAGAGAACAUAAGACAUUGCACACCCAGGUUGACCCCGCACUACCCCCUCGCGCAGACCCUCUGCCCCACCAGCAGAAUGUGCUCCUUGAAGGAAGGAGCACCUGCAAUGAGAUGGGACCUUCCCGCCAGUUCGGGAGGCCCUUAUGCCCGCCGAUACACCAAAUGUCCCCGAGCCAGGGCCGGGCGCCCAGGAAUGCACCAGCCCAAAACCCCGGCGACAUACCCGCGAGGACCCAAGACUCCCAAGGCCCAGCCAGGACCCCAGUCCGGGGGGCGAUACGCCCCAGGAACUCCGAGCCCCCAAGCCCACCCAGGAGCAGCACGGCCACCAGGCCAGUGA